AUGGACAUGCACAAGCCAGCCCAUAGCGCAGAAGUCGACUCCGAUGCGGUAGACUUCGACGAAAGUGGCGAAGAUUUCAAGGCACCGACAAAGCCUCUGGUGAUAACGGUGACACACCAAUCAAGCGAAAAGACUUACGUGCGAUUCGCCCAUUCACCCGUCGCCAAGAAUGCUAGAGCAAAGUGA